AUGAUUCAAAACUUUUACAUGAGAACAUUAAAAGAAUACUGUCAGGAACUGGGUCUGAAGAAUAUUGCUCUCCGCUCUCACCAACUGGAAGGUCUAAAGUGGUUAUCAGAGUGUCAUGAGAGAGGGCAGCAUGGCUGUAUCUUAGGGGAUGAAAUGGGACUAGGGAAAACACUUCAGUCCAUAGCUUUGCUACUUUAUUUACGAGAUGCUUCCUCCUCUCCUUCUCCUCCAUUUAUUGUCAUAUGUCCUCUCUCUGUUGUUAGUGGAUGGGAAAAAGAGUUACAAAGGGCGUCACCUCAGUUAAGAGUUCUUAAUUUUUGUGGAGAUAAAGAAACGAGAGGCUCAAAGCAAGAAGAAAUACUUUUGCAUUGUUACAAAAGUGGUGCUAUGAUUGAUCCUCCUUUUGAUAUACUACUUGUUCAUUAUGAA